AAUCAUGUGAUUAUGAAAGAUGCAUAUGUGUUGAUUUGUUGUAACCUGGGUUCAGGCUUCUGCUGUAUCAUAUUUGCUAAAGACACCAAAACUAGAUAGAGCUAAUUGAUCCUGACUAAGGUACUGCAUAAUUAAGUUCCAUGUAGUGAGAAAAUGUGUAGAUUUCUUGGCCAGUCCUUUUGCAGAGGGGCAGUGGCUUAAGAGUGGUAUUCUAGGCUAGUGACAGUAGAAUUAGGAACAUCAUCCUUGGCAUCAGAAGGGGAUUCGAGAAUGUCUAGAUGUGAGUAGCAAGGGGAUCAAAGGCACUGUGUUCUCAGGUGGGAGAGAGUUGCCAGAGGAGUAAAUGUUCUUAUCCUCUUCAGGAAGGAGAUGAAUGUUGGGAAAUUCUGUAAAUAAGGUUAGUAGGCCAGAUCCAGGUGACUUAGAGCAAAAAUCUGGGUCUCACAUUUUACAAAAUUUGCUUUGUGAGGCCACUAGCCUAUCCAAUAAAAGAGCUCUUGUUUAUCCAAAAUUAAGUGUUGGAAGAGUUAGGACUUCCUACACUGCUUCUCAGUGAUGCAAGCUCUUUUGUGAGGGACUGGGUCCUACCAAAGUUAGGUGGUUAAAAUGUUAGCCUGGAAUCUAGGAUUCUGGAGCGCUGCUCCACAGCCAAUCACUGAGAGGGGCAUGAGGAAAAACCACUGAAUAGGAAGAAAGCAUCUCAAUUCUCAGAGCAUGGGGAGCUCAUUUCUGAAAAUGUACAGGGGACAGGUACUGCUUAGCCAGUUUCCCCUUAUUUUUCAAGACUGGGAGCAAAAGUGAAAAUAAUCCAGAAUCAGAACUAUUAUUUCCUCUCUCAACCUUGGAAAGAAAAAAAAAACAAACAUUCUGCUAAGCUAAUGAUUAAAAUAGACGAAAAUAUUCAAAUUCCAAUCAUUUGGAUAUUAUCCAUCUCUUGUGCCUCCAUCCAUAUCAGGUGUUCUCAGGCCCAGACCACUUUGAGGGACAGGUUCAACCCACAGUAUGUGAAGGAAAGCAAUGAAGACAGUGCAGGAAGUGAGACCAUCUUAUAGGAAGAGCAGUUGUCCAGCCUCUGAAAGAAAAGGCUCAGUGGAGACCUGACAGCCUUCCUGGGGGAUAUUAACAGGGCUCCUGUGUUGCAGAGGAACGAUACUUUCUCAGUGUAGCUCUGAGAAAGAGAACCAGAAAAAGGGAAAAGGAGGGAGAAGAAAGUACUAGAAUCCUACUUUCCCAUUCCACAGGAGUUCAAUCACAGAAUAAUAACAGGAUAAAUCCUGAUGAUUCUCUCAGGCACCUCUAGUAGAUGAGCUCAACACUCAAGAACCAUUGCAGCUUCAAGGAAUGGAUACUAAUGAUGACUCUGAUGAAGACCAUCUUACAAGUUAUGAUAUUCAGCUAAGUAUUCAAGAAUCCAUUGAAGCCAGCAAGACUGCACUUUGUCCUGAAAGAUUUGUACCCCUAAGUGCUCAAAACAGAAAACUUGUGGAGGCCAUAAAACAAGGUCACAUUCUUGAGCUCCAGGAGUAUGUAAAAUAUAAAUAUGCAAUGGAUGAAGCUGAUGAAAAAGGAUGGUUUCCAUUGCAUGAAGCUGUUGUUCAACCCAUUCAACAAAUACUUGAGAUUGUUCUGGAUGCAUCCUAUAAGACACUCUGGGAAUUCAAGACCUGUGAUGGAGAAACACCCUUGACUUUGGCAGUCAAAGCUGGUCUGGUGGAAAAUGUAAGAACUUUAUUAGAAAAGGGAGUGUGGCCCAACACAAAAAAUGACAAAGGAGAGACCCCCCUUCUGAUUGCUGUAAAAAAUGGCUCCUAUGACAUGAUAUCGACUCUGAUCAAACACAACACUAGCCUAGACCAGCCCUGUGUCAAGCGAUGGUCAGCAAUGCAUGAAGCAGCCAAGCAAGGCCGAAAAGAUAUCAUAGCUCUGCUGCUAAAACACGGAGGCAAUGUCCACCUGAGAGAUGGAUUUGGAGUCACACCAUUAGGCGUUGCUGCUGAGUAUGGUCACUGUGACGUGUUAGAACAUCUAAUCCACAAAGGUGGUGACGUGCUUGCUUUGGCAGAUGAUGGGGCGUCGGUGCUGUUUGAGGCAGCAGGUGGUGGCAAUCCCGACUGCAUUUCCCUCCUGCUGGAAUAUGGAGGAAGCGGAAAUGUACCUAACCGAGCAGGGCAUCUUCCUAUACACCGAGCUGCCUAUGAGGGGCAUUAUCUUGCACUGAAAUAUCUUAUCCCAAUAACAUCUAAAAAUGCAAUUCGGAAAAGUGGGCUAACACCAAUUCACUCAGCAGCAGAUGGACAAAAUGCACAGUGUCUAGAACUGCUCAUUGAAAAUGGUUUUGAUGUGAACACUCUACUUGCUGACCACAUUUCCCAGAGCUAUGACGAUGAGAGGAAGACUGCGCUGUAUUUUGCCAUUUCUAAUAAUGAUGUUCGUUGCACAGAAGUCCUUCUGGCUGCAGGUGCAGACCCAAACUUAGAUCCCCUCAACUGUCUACUUGUGGCAGUGAGGGCCAAUAAUUAUGAAAUUGUCAGGUUGCUUCUCUCCCAUGGAGCUAAUGUCAAUUGUUAUUUUAUGCAUGUGAAUGACACUCGUUUCCCCAGUGUCAUUCAAUAUGCCCUAAACGACGAGGUAAUGCUGAGGCUAUUGCUGAAUAAUGGCUAUCAAGUGGAGAUGUGCUUUGACUGCAUGCAUGGUGACAUCUUUGGAAAUUCAUUUGUGUGGUCAGAGAUACAGGAAGAGGUGCUGCCAGGAUGGACAUCUUGUGUAAUAAAAGAUAACCCGUUCUGUGAGUUUAUUACAGUUCCUUGGAUGAAGCACUUGGUAGGCAGAGUUACUCGUGUACUAAUAGAUUACAUGGAUUAUGUUCCUCUGUGUGCUAAACUGAAGUCUGCACUAGAAGUACAGAGAGAAUGGCCAGAAAUCCGCCAAAUACUAGAGAAUCCUUGUUCAUUGAAGCAUUUGUGUCGGUUAAAAAUUCGAAGGCUUAUGGGUCUCCAGAAACUCUGCCAGCCAGCCUCAGUGGAGAAGCUUCCUCUACCACCAGCUAUUCAAAGAUACAUAUUAUUUAAAGAGUAUGAUCUCUAUGGACAAGAGCUAAAAUUGCCAUAACUUAAUAUUUUAAAAUGUGACUUAAAAAAAUAUGUUGAAAUGUGAUUCCCUCAGAUAAUUUCUUGUAACCAUUUUACAUCCUUAAUUGUAAAGUGUAUUUAAAUUCAUUGACAGUUUUAUAGGUUAUCAUGUGUUCUUAUGGGAACACCAUGAUUUAUGUCUUUAAAGACAUUUGCAUUUUUUAAACAUAGUAUUUUGAACUUAGAUUUGUAUUUUUGCUUGCUACAAGUCAUCAAACUCUCCCUAUCAAGUGGCUCCUACAAUAUCCACAAUCAAGUCUCUAUGUUUAAAAAACAGAUAACCACUUUCUCAAACCCACAUCUGCCAGUUGCUGGCCAGAUUCUCCUGUCUUUCACGGUCUUGCAGUGUAAAAGAGCUCCUCCUGCCUGUAACUUCACAGACUGUGAUCUGGCAUCUGACCCUCCACUGCUUUUCUCAAGGUCCCUGACAAUCUCUUUGUUGCUAAAUUCAGUGAACAUUCUUCAGUCCUUCUUCCAAUCGAUUCCUGCAGCAUCCAACAUUGUUGCCUGUUCCUUGCUUGAAAUGAUAUCUCUUUCCUUGUUUCUCGCAAAACCUGUUCUCUUGGGUGUCCUCCCACCUCCCUGGACACUCUGUCUCUGGCUUCUUUCUGCCUAGCUCAUCUCUAGCCAGUCUUACAGUUAUAUAUCUUAAGCCCUCUUCUCUUUGUUCUUUAAGUUAUAUAUCAUAUCCUAAGCCCUCUUUGCUUUGUUCUCUGGGAAAUUUUAUCCACAUCCAUGGCCUUAAUCAUUUUGCUAGAGACUACAAAAUUUCCAUCCGAAGCUCAGCUCUUUCUUUCAUGUUCUCCCGACCGAUGUAGACAAUUGGCCUAAUGAACAUUUGAACACAAAGACACCUCAAAUUCAACAUGUCCCCAGAUGAGCUAAAAAAAAAAAAAAAAAAAAAAAAAAAAAGCUCUUUCUCGAGCUCAGUAGUUAGCACAAUGCUCGAUUCAGUUUCCAAAGAAAAAAGCCUGGACAUUAGGCUUGACCAUCCCAUUUUCCUCACCCAAUAAGACAAAUCACCAAAUCCUAUUAAGUUUAUCUCCUGAAGUCAUCUUCCACUCAGCACCCCCCCACCCACCCCGCAUUUGGCCCUAAGUCUAUUAUCUUCUUUUUCCUGGGAUAAUACAGUGCUGCUUAUCUGGCUCCCCUGCCUCUGUCUUGCCCUGUCCCAAACACUUUCUACAUACAGCAUCUCAGAAGAGUCUUUUACAAAUAUAAUACAGUUUCACUUCUCUGCUUAAGAUCAUUCCCGUUGCUCUUAAAUUCCAAAGUUCUUACUUAAACUUUCAUGAUCUAACUCCUGCCUUCUUCUUUAGCCUCAUCUCUGGAUGUCUCCCUUCCCUCCUUUCCCUUGAACCUUCUAGAAUUUUAUUUUUUUUAAACAGUGAUUCCCAGACUUUAAGGUGUCAUACACCAAUAGGUUUUGUUGUGUUAAUUUUUCAAAAAGAGUCAUUAAAAAAUACCAUCUACUAUCACCAUCAUUUCAUAAAAGAGGGGUCAUUUUAAUGCCAGAAAAUAAGAUGGUCAUAAAUUCAGUCAUUCAAGUUGAAUGACUUUCACUUUGAAAAGACCUCACACUGCUCUCAUUUCCCCAUUGACGAAUGAGAAUUUCACUGUGGGCCAUCAAUAUCUGAGGACCUUUGUAUGGGGAACCACUGCUGUAGAAUAGACCAUGCUCUCUUUUAACCUCAGGGUCUUCGCAUUUCCUUCUCUCAUCUGGAACUCUCUUUCCACUUUUUCUGCACCCUUUCACCUGAUCAACUCCCACUUACCCUAUAGGUCUCAGCUGAGAUGUUGCUUCCUCUAGGAUGGGAAGCCUCAGCACAGAACUUGUCAUGCCAUAUUAUAGAUGCCUGUGUUCCCUGCUGUCUUCCCACUGGACUAUAAGCUCUAUGAGGGCAGGUUCUAUGUUUGUUUUGUUUUCCAGUACUUUCUCAAGGCCAAACACAUUCCCUAGAGCAUGGAGUUCAAUAAUUGUUUGUUGAAAUAUAUUGAAUAAGUGACAAAAAUAAUCAGUGACAUCAUGGUGAAAUAAUAGUUUUAAAUUUCUGAGUUAUGUAAUCUUAUAAUGUAAUUAUUUAAUGCUAUUAUUCUUAGAUUUUAACAGUGUAUUUUUCUCAUAUUUAUUUUUACCUUGUUACUAUAUUCUUUAAAUAGUAACAUCUCACUGGUCUGUAAAGUUUUCAAGUUGUAUUUAGCUUUAGUUAUCUUUGAAAGAUAAAUAAGUAUAAAAAAAUUGUACAAUUAGGGCUAUAAUUUUAACUUCUUGUAUUCCCUAGAGGAUAUAUUUUAUAUGUAAAUUAAACUGUAAUGUAUUUAUCUUUAAUUGUAACAUCUUGUAUACAAGAUUUUAUUAUUCUUGUGUUGUACUCUUA